CGUAGUCCACAUUUCCUGUUCCGAAAAUGACAGAUACAAUCCUACUGCUUUCCCUGUUCUUCGAAAAAAGAAAAGAAAAAAGAUUUACCGAGAAAAUAACUGAAGAAUCUACGGUGGCUACCAAAAGAUAAGGUGUAGAAGCUAUGAAUCUGAAUGGACUGAAGAAGCCUUCGGGGAGAGUGAUACAGAGCUACCUGAAACGAUGCUGGCAUAUAAAGCUGUUACGUACACCAAGUACAACUCUACACACAUGUUGUAAGUCUGCAGUUCAGGCCUCAGACACUUUACUCACUCAUCCUCUGAAAAAGCCCUGUGUUCUCACCAUGUCACCAUUUUGUGGAUGCCCUAAUAAUUUGAGAGGACAAAAGUAUGGAACCACCAGUAAAGGUGUAAAACCAGACAGCAUAUCUGAUGAGGAGGUGGAUCCCAUACUCCAAACUGCCACCAUCUCGGACACAAAACUGUCCACAUUCACGGAGAUUGUACCUGGGAAGGGCCCUCCACCAGAACCUCCUGUGAACUGUUGUAUGAGUGGGUGUGCUAACUGUGUGUGGAUCAAGUAUGCUGAGGAACUAAAGGAAUACUACUGUGAUGGGAAGGAAAGGGCACUGCGUGAUAUUGAAUUAAUUGACAACCCCUCUCUGAAGGCUUUCAUUAAACUAGAACUAAGUCUUCUAUAAUUUUGACUUUAAAAGAAUUGUAGUAUACACAGAAAGUUGAAGUGUGACCUUGAUGUAUUAAUUUAUAAUUAGCGUUGUCUACUUUUAAAUAUUAAAGGUGAUCCUCAAUUGAAAUAAGAACAUACAAUCUUCCCUUUAAAAUGUGGGUGACACAUUGUAUAAGUACUUAUCCUUCUUUUUGAAUUAAAAUUCUGACCAGGCCAGUUUGAGAUGAAAAUUGAAGUGUCUUUGAAUGAAUGUAAGCAAAUCUCUAGUUAUGUAUUGUACAUGUAUUUAUAUUACUAGUAUAAUUCCCUCGUGUUUCCACCACCUGAAGUUAAAAAUGAGGUCACUGUUACUAUAAAUAUAUUUCCAAUGUACUUGCUCUGAUGACUUGUUGAUUAAUGAUCUCUUGUGCAAGUUCACAUUUCAACCAUUUGAGAUAAAAAUUGAGGUCAAUGUUUUACCACCAUUGUUGGGUAGUUUCCCCUAGCUGCUAAAAUUUUCCUCUUACAGAAUGUUCCCAUCUUAACAACUUUCAAAAGAUAUUGCAUAAUGAUAUUUUAGUUUUCUUUUUUUUUGUAUAAAAAGUUUAAAGAAUUGACCUCUAGUUAUCUGCUCUUUUUUAAAAGAAGCUUACACUCUUCUGAAGUUGUAAGAAAUCCAAUCACACAGUACUGCAUGAAAAGCUUAAAAUGAUUUUCGGCCGGGGAGGCUUUGCACCCCUGGGACCCCCACCAGGCCAUUGCUGCAAACCUGUCAGAGGUCUUUGGCCCCUAGGCCUUGAAACCCUAGUUUUGUUCCCCUAGUCACAAAAACAUUACUUUUCGCUUAACCUAGAUUGAUCACUAACUAUGAAAGGUUUGUGCUCAACAAACUUGAUUGAUGAAUGAUUUUGCUGAAACCUCUUACAUUUGCUCACAACCAUCAUCUUUUGUAUGAGUUUAGAAUUUUAGGUCACUAUUAUUUUAAAUAGACUUUUGAAGCCUUUUCAACAGACCUCAUUCAUUGCCAGAUUGUGCUGCAACUCCAUACACUUUAAUACUCGCAGCCAUCAUCUCUUGUACUAGUUCAGGUUUCACCCACCUGGGGUCAAACUUGAGGCCAAUGAUACAAUGUAUUAUAAAUAGAUAUUUAAUUUGAUGUCGUUCCCCUACUGACUUGAUUACCAAUGCUAUAAUGUACUACUAUAUAGUAUAUAGAGGUUACACAACGAGUGGUUGUUAGAUAUAGAAUUUAUUUCACACAGGUAAGUUAUUUUUUAAAAGUUACAAAUGACACAAGCUUCAGCAAGUGUCUUUUGUAACUUUAAAAAAAUAACUUACAAGUGUGAAAUAAAUUCCAUAUCCAAAAAUCACGAGUUGUGUCAUCUGUUUCUACCACAAAAAUAUCGCUGGAAUCAAAUGGAAACUCUUGACCAAUUAAAAGACUACUAGUGGAAUAUAACAUAUAUAUUUCCAACAGUUGGCACAUUUAUACAAUGACUUGAGAGUGGAAUAACACAGCGUAUUGUGGUAGAAAAACAGAUAUUUCGAUGUCCUUCCCCUACUGACUUUAUUCCAAAUGAUGCCUGCAAUAUAAUUGUAUCUGAUUGUCCUGAAACUUCAAACUCUUACAAAUAUAUCAUCUCUUGUUAUGAUAUUUGCCGUCCUUAGUUGUGUAUUGAAUUGGUUAAUGUUAAAUAGAGUAAGAUUUGUAAUGCUUGAGAUGCCAGGUUAAAUUUCAUUUGUUAUUUUAAAAAUAUACUGUUGUUACUUUUGUCUCUGAAAUAAAAAAUAGAUAUUACCUGUA